AUGUCGAAGAGAGGUGCAAAAAAUUUAUAUGUCAUCGCAGUUCAAGGAAUUAAAGGCAGAUUAAAUCGCCUUCCAGCUGCAGGAUCAGGUGAUAUGAUUGUUGCCACUGUUAAGAAGGGUAAACCAGAACUCAGAAAAAAGGUGAUGCCUGCAGUGGUAAUAAGGCAACGGAAACCAUUUAGGAGGAAGGAUGGUGUGUUCAUAUACUUUGAGGACAAUGCAGGUGUUAUAGUAAAUAAUAAGGGUGAAAUGAAAGGAUCAGCUAUUACAGGACCUGUCGCAAAAGAAUGUGCAGAUUUAUGGCCCAGAAUUGCAUCCAAUGCUAGCAGUAUCGCUUAAAACAUACUGUAUAAAUUUAUUGUCCUUAAUAAAAUAUAUUUGAGCAUUUGCUCACCACUUUCGUA